CCUUUUACACUGAUUUGCUUAUGUAUAUCCGUUCGCCCUGUUAACGCGCGUGGCCCCUGCCCCCUGCCCCCUUUGGAACUUUUCUGAAGAUCGAAAGCACAGAGCUGAGCAGUUGCCGCAGGAGCAGUGGUACGAGCGUCCGUGAAGCGCAUAGUCAGAGCAAAAUCUAUAAAUAUCCCCACCCCCGCAUCCCCGCAUCCCCGCAUCCCCGCAUCCCCGCAAACAUGUUCGCAAGGAGCCUUGGGCGAGAAGCGCUUAAGCGGGUCGCUGGACACCCGUGUAUGCUCCCCCAAAUGGGCCACGUUAAAAACGAAGUGAAGAACGCGAACAUGUUCACGAAGAGAGGCGUAUCCUUCUCGAGAAUACAUUUAACGCACUACCUGGAGGAUUACUAUACGUCGGCGGAAAUUGCCACGAACAUGGUGUCGCCCAUGUCUGAGUACGUUUGGUGGAGCUGGCUUUUCCUGCAGGCCACCAUAGUCUUUGGCACCCUGUUCCACUCGAACUAUUACUUCACGGGGAAGGCCCUGCCCAAAGUUCAAGGGAACUCCCAGUUGUGUGAAGAUUCAUGGUGAAGUCUUCUCCCCAUGUAGGGAUGAACGGAUGGAGGAUGCGUCCACCCAUGGAGAUAACCCUCAUUUGAAAACUUUUUCCAUUUUUUUUCCCAUUUUUUUUCCAUUUUUUUUCGAUUUUUUUUCAUUUCGCCCCAUUGCGUAGUGUAUCACGUGCGUGUACUUCCCGCGCCCCGUUUCGUUUUUCAUUAAAUUUAUCUCUUCGCGCAACUGUGAGGAACUUAAGAGAUAUUUUUGCGG